GCCGCGAGUCGGUAAUGUCGGUACGCUUUGCUGCCGACAAGAAAGCGCGCCAAAAAGUUCGCACCUCCACUGAAAUGGCUGUAGUCAUCACUAAAGUUGCCAAUUUCUUUCUUUCAGCGUUCGUUUUUAUUUGUAAAUAGUAAGAUAAUAGCGUCAUUUUGUCUCGAUAAGUCUUGCAAUAUUUUUUGUAAAAAGCAGAUGACAGAUCCAAGAGCGACUUUGCACGUUCUCGCCAUUCACUGCGCAGGUCUGCGAUUCAUGGUGUUUCGCGCUUUCACGCGAUGGAUGAGAAUUCAUCGAAAAAGACGAGCUUCCUCACCUACGCAAGGAUAGACAUUUGAAUUUUAACAUGCGCGUUAAUUCAAAUUGCAUGUGAUGCACGUCUCGUUUUUGCGAAACGCGCAUGUUGUGAUCAGAUUACAGAUAUGUCGCGUAAGAUAUUUGAAAGCGUUCCGCGUCUGUCUUCAUGUGAUUCGCCGACUCCGCUGCGUUUUCCGCACUGCGCAUGUUUGUAUUGUCGCGCUCCUCGUAUUAUCGCAGAUAGAAUCUUGCGCGAUUUUUAGCGAUUUUCUAAAGAAUCUUUCAGUUUGUUAGCGUUAAUUUGCGCCGCGCGUGUCACGCCAUUGCAUGUGACAAAUCUAAACGUUGUGUAGCUUGGUUUCUUCUAAUUAUUGAUAAUUUUGCUCAUAAUUGUAAUUGUGCAUUCCGGCCUGCUCCGAUCCAAGCACAAACGUACGUCCCGCGCCGAUCCGAGCACAAACGUAUGCCCCGCGCCGAGCGUGUUUUACAUAUUCGAUGGUGAAUAAUAAAUAUGUGCAAAUGAACUGGAGACACGCCUGAUAAUUUUAUUCGAAAUAACUCGGCGGCAGAAUGACGUACAGAGAAGCGCUGCUUUUGAAUUAUCGCUCGUCCGUCUUCUGAGAUAAAUUUCCCGCCGAUCGAUCGAGGCACCGUCACUUGGAUGGGCAACUCCAACGCUAAGAGAAACAACUAUCAUAAUCACCACAAGUAUGAUAGUCAGUAUAGCCUCAGUGAUUUACUUGGUGGAAGCUGUGUCAACACAGCAGCGCAGGCUUCUAAUGAGGAAAGAAGAUCAUGGUCCCGUGCUUCUAAUCGAAGUUGGACCAAAGGCACUGUUCAGGAUAUUCAUGGAUCUUCCAAAACAGUAUGGCCAGUUCCACGCUUCCAAUUGAUGUUUCUGCCUGAAUUUCCAGUUAAGGAGUAUCCUCUAAAGAUGGGAUAUUCCUUCUUAGAUGUAAUAGCUAAGGGUGCUUAUGGAAAAGUUUACAGAGUGCAAAAACAAGAAACUAGUCAAGUCUUUGCACUGAAAGUCAUUAGCAAAGCCAUGAUUGUGGCAGAAAAUUCUGUCCAACAAGCUAAAGAAGAAGCAGCAAUACUGAGAAUGGUUGGACAUCAUCCUUUUAUAGUGAAUUCUGUCCACAGAUGGCAAGGCAGGAAAACAUUGUAUAUAUUGAUGAAUUAUGUCUCUGGAGGAGAAUUAUUCUCACUAGUCGAUGAAUAUGGCUGUUUGCCUGAAAAAGUAGUUAGGAUAUAUGUAGCUGAAAUUGCCUUAGCUAUAGAUUUUCUACACAAUGCUGGUAUAGUACACAGAGAUCUGAAAGCAACAAAUGUUUUACUUGACGAAGAUGGUCAUGCUGUGAUUAUUGAUUUUGGUUUGGCUAAAUGGUUGCAACGAAUGGAACGAACGAAUACGUUUUGUGGAACACCCCAAUAUAUGGCUCCUGAAAUCUUAAAGAAGGAAUAUUACGGCCAGGAGGUUGAUUGGUGGUCGCUGGGUGUAUUAGCGUGCGUUUUAUUUACAAAUGAGUUUCCAUCCACCUUGUCGUCAGAACUGCUGCCUGAUCAGAAUAAUCUGAAUUGUGCGAAUGUACCAGGAAUCUUACCAGCGAAUGCUGAUAUUUCACCGGCAGCGAGGGAUCUCCUGAAACGGCUUUUACAGCCGGACCCUCGUCUUAGACUUAAAACUCUUCUCAAUCUUCAACGGAUCGCUUUUUACAUGGGUUACGAUAUUCAAAGUUACAUGUUAAAAAAGGAAUCGCCAUUCCGAAUUUUAGGAGUGAAAAAUCGAGGAGAAGUGCAGCAAAAAAAAGACGAUUUCGAUAAAAAAUUUUCGAAUUUUGAAUCUUUUCCUGAAGACAAUACUACGCAAACAAGUCAUCGAUGAUCUCAGGUACUUAAUAUAUAUUAUUAAUUUUAUAUCAUCUAUACAGGCACAUGUUUUGAGACGUAAAUUGCGCAAAUAAGCUUAUUUUUGAUAUUCACAAAUAAUUUUUUAAUAAAAUUUGAAUAAAUAUU